GUGUGUGUGCCACGAGUUGAAUAUUUCUGAAAAUAAUUAAAAUUGAAUUUAAAUUGGUCCUAUAAGGAGGAAAGGAUGUCUAAGAAGUCGAUCAGCUGGAAGUCUUUUGACUUGUUAAACUUCUUAAAAGCAAUCGUGUCAACAGUAAGAUCAUUCUUGUUCGCAUUUACGUACCCUAAGUUCGUCGAACUUGUUUAUAAUGAAAAUGUUAUUGAGUUCAAACAAGAAGUAUUUGCCGAUAUCGGAUUAGUUAUUCCGUCCAAAAAAACUGGACAAAUCACCAUUUUGGAGGUAGGAGUUGGACCCGGAUUUAACCUGGACUAUUAUCCCAAAAAAUGUCGAUUAAUUGCUCUGGACAAGAAUCCACAUUUCAAAAAGGUGCUACUGCAAAACUUACACAAGCACCCAGAAAUUACUUUAGAAAAGUUUGUCCAUGAACGUGCCGAGAAUAUGGCCUCGAUACCAUCAAACAGUAUUGAUGUGGUCGUCACUUCCAAUGUACAUUGCAGUGUGGAUAACAGUCAAAAAGUUUUGAAAGAAAUUCGAAGAGUUUUGGUGCCCGGCGGUCGAUACUACUUCUUUGAACAUUGCCUUGACGAGCCCGGUACCACUCGAUUUAAAUGGCAAAAGUUCGUUAAUAAAAUUCGACUCUGGCAGUUCAUAGGACAUGGAUGUGUUUUCUCUGACUUUGAAUCGAUAUUUUCGAAAUUUGGUCUUUUCAAUUUCAAAGGGAAACGUUACACUAUUGACACACAGUCUUGGACUUACUACGCAUCUUAUCUAGUUGCGAGUAAUUAUGGUGGUUAUGCUGUUAAAGAAAAGUAAUUUGUUAACGCUUAGCUUAACCGAAGUGGUAGCACUGGCUACCGAUUCAUUAUUGUAGCUUUCUAGCCUUAUAAAUAAAUUUAGAGUACCACUCAUGCUCGAAGUGCAUUGAUGAAAAAUUAUUUCAAAUUGGAUGUCUUUUCCCGUCACUGAAGCGAUAUAAGAGUAUCGACAGCAAUCCUUGCGAUCUAUCGUUCAACGUGACUGAUGUGUAUAGCUGAGGAAAGGGCAAUAUUUAUUCUUCAACAACUGUAAAAACAAAUGAUGAAAGAUGUU